AUGCCGGCAGCACCACCGGCCCCAGACUCUUCCGCCCCUUCGCCUGACCCCGCGUCUGAGCGUCGCCCACACAUGGAGCACUCGUCGUCGUCGGGUGCCCCACCCGCGGCUGCCGACAGCCAGCUAGCAGUGCCUCAGCCAGAGCGGCACGCACGCCUGGUGACGGAGAUUGUGCAGCUCCCUCCAGACCUUGACAGUGACGACUCGGAUGACGAGCGCAAUCCCGCCGUUGAUCGGGCGCCUACCGACGGCGACGGUGCACCGGACGACGACUUCCUGUCAACCUACCCGGACGACACCGAAGAGCUUCACCUCCAACAUCUGCGCCUUGAGAACUCGUCGCUUCUUCCUCUGCACCUGCCACGGUUUACGCAUCUAAACCGUCUUUGUCUCCGCCAAAACGAGCUCUCUUCUCCUCUUCCGGCCGACUGUUUCACUCUCAAUGAGCUCGAGGAUCUUGACCUUUACGACAACCGACUUGGUCCGCGAGUCGAGGACGCAGAGCUGAAGGGGGCAUCCAAGGUUACCUCUCUCGACCUGUCGUUCAACAACAUCCGGCAUGUCCCUAACCUCCCUUCACUCAGGGACGUAGACACGCUCUACCUAGUUCAGAACAAGAUUUCCCGCAUCGAUGAGGGUGUGCUGGACUGGUGUGCCGAAAAGAUGAAGAGCAUUGAGUUGGGUGGAAACCGCAUUCGGGUGAUGGAGAACCUGGCGAUGCUCACAAAGCUGGAGGAGCUGUGGCUCGGCAAGAACAAGAUCCGCAAGCUUGAAUGUCUGGACACGUUCUCCAACCUCAAGAUCCUCAGCAUCCAGAGCAACCGCAUCACCAAGAUGGAGGGGCUGGAGGGGCUCGUCAACUUAGAGGAGCUGUACCUCAGCCAUAACGGGUUGCGGAAGAUUGAGGGCCUGGAGAAGAACACCAAGUUGCGUACACUGGACGUUGGGAACAACGAGAUUGAAGAGGUCGAGGGCGUGUUGCAUCUCGCAGACCUCGAGGAGUUCUGGGCCUCUUACAACAAGAUCCCCAACCUCCGGAGCGUCGAGAAGGAGCUCAGAGGGCUCAAGAACCUUGAGACGGUAUAUCUCGAGGGCAAUCCGUGCCAGACAAACGACCGUGCGCAGUACCGCCGCAAGGUCAUGCUCGCGCUGCCGCAGGUCAAGCAGAUUGACGCAACGUUUGUCCGCAUGUAG